AUGCAACCCACCCCACUACCCUGGCUAACAGCCCUGCUCAGACCGCGUGUCAAAGACUUCAUAGACGUUAACACGCAUAUCCUGCGGCCUAUAUCUAUGGCCGCACAGGACGCUACGUAUACUCGACUCACCGACACCGGCGAACUUGACCUUCAAGCCCGCGCCGACGCAAAGCAAUCCUUUAUCCAUGAUGUACACUACGGCACUUCUCCUCGCGGAAUAAGACGCCAGCUACUUGAAAUUCCGUUUGACGACUUCUUCGAUCUGUGCGUACGCGAACUGGCCAAGGUGGAAAAUGGUCCUGUAGAUAAAAAGAAGCAUCGAAACGACCGCCUCUGGUUUCUUUUCAGCUGUGCAACGCAUCCCGAGGCGGACACCGAUGGGACGUUGGGGCCUGAGCUGUGGAAGUACUACGAGUGGACGACUUGGUGGCCCAAAUACGAGCUAUCAGCAGUCUAUCGCAGCUCCACGUUUGAAUUGCAGCAGAAGGCAAUCGAAGACGAAGAAGACCCCUUCAUGUGGCCCGGUCUGACAUGGUUUCUCGAGGACGAAAUACGCAUCCAAGAUGGAUACGCCGCGGAGAAUAUCGAGCAUGUCAUCAAGCACUUUCUCUGGCUCUUACUGAACACCAUCGACGUUCACCUCGUCGAUCAUCGACUGGGCCUUAGUGAUCGAUAUCCCGACGAAGAGGUCGCGGAUGUGCUGCGUGAAGGGUAUGACGUGCUAAAUCGGUCCUCGAAGCUAGUGCUGCGAAAUCCCUUUUCAGACAUCCCCAAGCCUGUGCGUGAGGCCUUGGCGACCGUCAAUACCAUGGGUAACAUCGAGUACGUCGGGCAAUGCCCACUACAUGCCCUCUACCAUGCUGUACCACCGGAGCUUUUACAUGCAACCGCGUACAUUGCCUUCCUCCAUUGGGCCUUGGCCGAGGUCGAUCAUUUGAAAGCAGAUCCAGAUGGCACCAUACGUGCAAAUCUGCUGAAGCUGCACAUGGUAGGUGCACCAGAGGGGACUAGAAGCGAUUGUAGACAUUCCUGGACACGCCCUGCAGCUAUGGGCGACGUAGUUACCGAAGAGCUUGAAGCCUACGUUAAUCGCACUCUCGACGAUGGCCCUGGUGUGGACGUCCCGAUAGUGCCGACCGGACCACGCAUUGAUCCCGACGGGUUGUGCGAUGUGGUGAGCACGCCAGAAGCGACCGAGCACUGCCCGAUUUGCCUUGAAGACUACACGGACGUUGACAACGUGUGCGUGCAGCUAAAGGCCUCGUCUGUUCAAUGCGGCGGUCGUGUGUUUUGUCGACUUCCGCCACUCGUCUUUGCGCCGGAUGAAAUGGCCUCGAACGGGCAACUACUCGCGCAUCGCAACUACUACGGGACGACCGGCUAUGGCUCACCACCACCAUUCGAUACCUCACGGCCCAAGCUGAAGCCCGCAGAGCGAGAGCUAGCAGACUUCACGCUCCUCGAAGCCCUCGACCGCGACGACCGCCCUACCUUCGCCGUCGAAACACGCUCGUCCCUAGGCCACGAUGAAGCCCACACUAUAGAACUCGUGUAUGCGAACACGGCGCUUCACACCGUUGGCGGGCUUAUGACCAAGAUCACAGGCGACGAGUCGACUAGCUUGUUCGCGCAGAGCUCGGGACCGCAACUUGCCUUCCGGAAUUGGAUUCGUGGGCAAGGCAUUGAGGAGGACCUACAACAACACGGCAAUGCAUACACAUUCGAAGGGCACGUAUGGAAUGCGACAAGUGUGGGGCGCUACAAGAUUGUCAGCGGAGUGCCAACGCGACUGCUGUGGGUCGACGCCGCCCCAGGAGGAAAGAGCCACCGCACACUCCGACGCGAGCGGAAAACGCCUUGGCCUGGGAGCAAGCAUCGCGCGGAUGCACUACCCAUCAAGCCCCAGCUGUCGCUUGCUCAGAUACCACAAACGCCCGAGCCCGGAACCAGCUCUUCUGGAAACCAAGGCGCAGUACCGCACACGUCCUUCGACUGUACUUCUGAUGUACUCACCUCAACCAGCCCGCACAUCGAGUACUUCCGCAGUGUGGAUUGGGCAAGUACACCCCUGGGUCCAAUGAGUUCAUGGCCUAGUGAUCUGCGUUGCGUAGCGAAUACAGUACUCAGUAACAAUGUGCCAGCCGUCAUGUUCUGGGGCGACGAUGUCAUCAUGUUAUACAACGAGCCAUACGUCCAACUCCUUGGCAGCCUCCAUCCAUGCAUGGGCGAAAGUGUCCGCGUCAAGGCGCCUGAUCACUGGGUCUCGUUUCAGCCUCUGGUAGACUACAUCAAAUCAACAGGCGAGUCAAUAGCCGAACCUGACAUGCUCCUCUUCAUCGAGAGAGACAAGAUCCUUGAAGAGACACACUGGUCCUUUCAAUUCGUCCCGAUACUGGACACGGACGGCCAGGUGGCAGCCUACUACCAGUCCUUCUACGAAGUUUCCAACCACCGUAUCCUCGAGCGCCGCGUCUCUAGUCUGGUCGCAAUGGGAACCCAGAGUGCGAAUGCCAGAGAUUUUCCGUCAUUUUGGGAGACUACAUUGCGCUCACUGAGCUUGAACGAUAAAGAUGUGCCAUUUGCUUUGUUAUAUGCUGCCGAGCGGCAUGUUAGCGCUCAAAUACCUUCAGUAUCAUCACCCGGUAGCAUUCCUCCGUUGGAAGGUUGCGUUCUCAAGGGUACCAUUGGCGUUUCAGCUGACCAUUCCAUCGCCCCCGCGACCAUCCAUAUCAACGAAGACUCUUACAUCCUCCAGCCGUUCCUCAGUCGUGCCGCCAAGUCCGGGAAAGCGACCGUUGUUCACGUCGAGGACCUUCCCGAUCCAACAAGGGCCUUGCAAGGCAUCGACUGGAAAGGAUAUGGUGACCCUUGUCGCACCCUGGUCAUCUGUCCAAUAAUACCCACCACUGGAAACCAGGUAGAAGGUUUUCUCAUAAUUGGCAUAAAUCCGCGCCGCCCCUUCGACGAAGAGUACCAGCAAUACCUACAUGUCAUGGUGCGGUUAUUGGCUACGUCUCUUGCUUCCAUCGUUCUUUUUGAAGAUGAAGUCCGACAAAGAGAAAACGCCAUCAUCCAGGCUGCUCAGAUCCAAGAACAUCUGAUGGCGGAGAUACAACUCAAAGAGAGCAAGUUUCAGCGCUUCGCGGAACGAUCCGACGUAGGCAUAUUUAUCAUUGAUCCGGCAGGAACUUACACUUACCGUAAUCAACGAUGGCAUGAUAUAUUUGAGAUCGCAUCCUCUGAUGACAACGCCACCGUGGCAUGGCAUAAAAUCGCGUUCGAAGAGGACAUCGCUUACUGCCAAUCAAUGUUCGCAAAACUAAUCAUGAAUCACGAAUCAGUUAUCUUUGAGCUGCGUACGCGGAUGCCCUGGACGCCGCCGUCAGAGUCAGAUGAGCCGCAGACUGAGGAUACCCAGCACUUUAAGUGGAUUUUGUGUUCAGCCUUCCCAGAGUUGGGUCCGAAUGGCGAUCUUGUCGAGGUCGUUGGGAAUGUCACAGAUAUAUCCAAGCAGAAGUGGGCGGAAGGCAUUCAAAAGAUACGCAUGGACAGCGCACUGCAAGGCAAACAACACCUAGAACACUUUCUGGACACGACGAGUCAUGAGAUGCGAAACCCUCUCAGCGCCAUCAUGCAAUGCGCGGAUUCUAUCACGUCUUCCUAUCCCCAAGAAGAUUACCAAGAGCGCCACAACACCACACCAAACGAGUGGACAGCCUUCAUCGAGUCUACCCUUGACGCUGCCCAGACAAUAGGAGUUUGCGCAUCACACAUGAAGCACAUAGUCGACGAUAUUCUCACCAUCUCCAAACUCGAUUCGGGUCUCUUGGAUAUGACACCGGUCAUUGCGCAACCCGAGAGUGUGGUUAUGCACGCAGUGAAAAUGUUCGACGCAGAAGCAAGAGCAGCAGGUAUCAACCUCGUGUUGAACGUGGAUCAAUCCUAUCGCAACAUGGAGAUCGACUGGGCAUCUCUGGAUCCAACAAGAGUGUUGCAGAUUCUGAUCAAUCUUCUCACCAAUGCCAUCAAGUUCACGCGCUUGGAGUCUACCAAGCGUGUAACAGUGACUCUGGCCGCCAGUAGCACUGAACCCGUCUCGACGCUACAUGGAAUACAGUAUAACGAGGAGAGGCUAGUAGGACAAGAUCCCCACUUGGAAGAAGAUUGGAAGAAAGCUCAAGAGUUAUUCUACAUUCAAUUUGCCGUCACUGAUACGGGCCGUGGACUUUCCGACGAAGAAAAGUGCAAUCUCUUCACCCGCUUUUCACAAGCCUCACCUCGGACGCACAUACACUACGGUGGCUCUGGCCUUGGGUUAUUCAUAUCUAGACGUCUCACCGAACUACAAGGCGGAUCAAUCGGCGUCGCGAGUGAGUCUGGAAGAGGCAGUACGUUUGCCUUCUACAUCAAAUCACGGCGGGCGAGACCUAUUGUAGCCCGAAAAGGCAGUCUUCCGCAUGUUUUCCCAGAAGAGAUCAAGCACAGACGCCCGAUACCGCUUGUAAGCCUAACGCGUCCGUCUCCUCCCGUGCGCAUAUCCACAGGCGAGCAAGGUCAAAGAUCAGACUCUGCCAGUCCAAAAGCCCGCCGCCCGUCGGUGCAAUCGAAAUCCUCGCAGACUGAACACUCUCACGUUCGGCCGGAAGCGCUAGGACUACCAGAAGGCCCCGAUCUGCAAGAAUUGAAGCGCACAAAGAGUAUACCAGAUACGCUGCAUGUUCUUGUAGUGGAAGACAAUCUCAUCAACCAGCGCGUUCUCGCCAAACAGCUGCGCAAUUUGGGAUGUGUUGUGAGCGUUGCCAACCAUGGUCAAGAAGCCCUUGACUUCCUACCAAAGACCAGUUUGUGGAAACACGAUCAAGCUACUGGCGACGCGAUCGCGCGAGAGGACCUCCAUGAUGGCGAACUGCCCAUCGAACUCAGCCUCAUCCUCAUGGACUGGGAGAUGCCAAUUAUGAACGGACUUACGGCCGUUGCCGAGAUACGGAAGCUCGAGCAACAGGGCUUGUUGAAGGAGCGGGUGCCAAUCAUCGGGGUCACGGCCAACGUGCGCCAACAGCAGAUCGAGCAAGCUAUGGCUGCGGGAAUGGACGAUGUUGUUGGUAAGCCUUUUAGGGUUGCAGAGUUGCUCGUGCGGAUGAGAGGGAUAGUUGCUGGCAUGGAGCCCGAGGGACCAAAUAGUGCGACCUUAACUGAGGGGUAUGCGAGCUUUGGAUGA